CAAAACCCUAAACCCAACUUUGCAACAUGGUAAUCUAGAGCUAGGUUAGGUUAAAUUUUUUUUCUCUACAACAAAUCAUCAUGGUUGUUGACGAUCAAAUCCCACCUUCAUCAGCUUCUCCCAGCAAUCCUCCACCUAAUAAGGAUUCCGGUUUAUCCCCAUCUAGCCAUUAUUAUGUGCAUUCCGCUGAUAACCCCACUACAGUGAUCUUUACUUCUCUCUUAACCAGUGAUAAUUAUUGCAUCUGGGAAAGAGGUAUCAGGAAAUCUUUCAGUGCAAAAGCCAAACUUGGCUACAUCGAUGUAUCAGUUAAGAAACCAACUAAUUCAGAUGAUAUUCCCCAUUGGAUUCGUGCUGAUGAUCUAGUUGGUAUCUGGGUUGCUAACUCAGUCGAUCCAGUAAUCAGAAAUAGUGUCAUGUCUUUUCCAUCUGCCAGAGAGCAAUGGUUAGAAAUCAAGAACCGUUUUUUCCAUACCAAUGCUCUAAAACUUUAUGCCUUGAAACAAUCUAUUUCAACCCUCAAACAAGACAACCUGAAUGUUGCUAUGUAUUUUACCAAUCUCAAGACCCUAUGGGAUCAGAUGGAUUCUUUUCGGCCACCAGUAGCAUGCAUCUGUGCAGCGGGCAAAAGCUUUUUGGAACAUCACAAUCAAGAUCGAUCAAUGGAGUUUCUUCAGGGGCUUCAUGAUAGAUUUUCAUCACUGCGCAGUCAAUGUAUGCUCAUGGAACCGAUGCCAUCUGCUGCUAAGCUCUACAAUCUGGUGCGCCAGGAUGAAGAGCAGCAAGGUAUAAAUUCAUCCUCUCUUACUCAGGUUGAUUCUGCUACAUUGAAUGUUUCUCGCAGCGAUCCACAAAGGUCACAACAGCGCUCCUUAUCCAAUCCUGGCAAUGGAAACAAUAACAACAAGCGUCCUCGUCCAUUCUGUGAUCAUUGUACUAAACAUGGCCAUACACGCCAAACAUGCUGGAAGAUGAAUGGUUAUCCCAGUAACCCACCAAAGCUGAGAGAUCAAGCAUCCUAUCCAUACGCUGUUGCUGUUGCUCCAACGUCUACUGCUGUUGAACCUAUACAAGCUGCUCCAACCAUCUCAGUUGCACAAUAUGCUAGGCUUAUGUCACUUCUUGAACCUGACACUACAGGAAACAACAUAACAUAAUUUGCUAACUUCACAUGACCUUCACACGAGAAUGGAGAUUGGAUGGAGUAGGCGAAUCGUUGGCGUCUACCAUUACACUUUUCAACCAUCUGUUUCUUCUCUAGCUGCUGCAAAUAAGCCCUUCGACAAAUGGCACUAUCGUUUAGGCCAUCCCCAUGCGGAUUGUUUUGAUUUUUUUAUCUCGCAACUUUGCUUAUAUUCAUUCUUCGUUUAAACACUUGUGUGAUGUAUGCCCCAGGGUAAAACAAU